CCAGCACUGAAAACAGGGCGACGAGGCCGGGCCAAGUGCCCCCUGCUCCCCUCUCGGCUGGACCCGUUCUUCUUUCUCUCUCCACGCGUGCGCCAUUGCUGCAUCUUCGACUGAGACUCUGAGAGUGAGUGGUAGCUGGAGAGUAACGCAGUCACACACUGACACAGCGAGAGGAGGAAGAGCAGAGCUCUGCCGUUUUCCAGUCCGAUGUGUUGCUACGUGGGCAAGGCCACCAAGAUCUUCCUCGGCCUCGUCACGGCGCUGCUGCUCGCCGGCCUCGUCCUCGGCUUCGGCCUGGCCCACCGGACGCUCUGGGGAGGCCAGAAGGCUGAGCCAGCCUGCCGGUGGCCGCGCUGCCAGCAGCAGCAGCCGCCGCCGCAGCCGCUCUACGGCGGCGACCCGCUCCCGGUCGCGGGCACCACCACCACCGCGCCGCCGUCCAACCCGCUCACGGAGCCGGCUGUCGCCGUGUUCCCCGGGGUUGCCUCCUCCACCGCGCACCCGCCGGCGACGGCAAGCGUGCCGAGCUUCGCGCCGCCUAGGCCCUACCCCGGGGUCGCUUCCUCCACAGCCGUGCCGCCCGCGGUGCCGAGCGUGCCGAACUUCGGGCCGCCCAGCCCGUUCCCCGGGGUCGCCUCCUCCGCCGCCGUGCCGCCCGCGGUGACUAGCGUGCCGAACUUGGGGCCGCCCAGACCAUUCGCCGGGGCUGCCUCCUCCACCGCCGUGCCGCCCGCGCCGCACUUGGGGCCGCCCACACCGUUCCCCAUCGGUCCCGGCCCGUCCUCUCAUCCAUGAGAAGAUUUUUGGUUGAUUAUUCUCUCUCGAGGUUGAGAAAUUGUCGUGUUUUUUAAUUUCUUUUUACUACUCGGUUUGGUGUACAAUUCAGUUGUAUUUUUUACUAGAUAACUAACCUCAACACUAGUACUGUAAUUUUUGUUACCUCCCUCUUUCUGAAAUCUGAGAAAUAACUAGCAAACGGAGGAGUAUUUGUUUGCGCUUGCG